AAUAAAUCCGGAUUCGUCCGAAAUAUUAGUAUCUUUCAAUAUGUCUGCGCCCUGGUAAAAAGCGUGGUCUACUUGGACAAGUUAUUGAGAUAAUCAUGCAAAACGACGAGGUAAUUUGGGGUAUUAUCAACGGAACGUUUUGUUCUUUCAAAGUCAGGACAAAAGCUCAGAAGUUUUGCAGGAAUGAAUAUAAUCUGACAGGAAUUUGUAACAGAUCAUCAUGUCCAUUGGCCAACAGUCAGUAUGCAACAGUACGGGAGGAGAAAGGCAUAUGUUACCUGUAUAUGAAAACAGUUGAGAGAGCGGCAUUCCCAGCUCGUAUGUGGGAAAAAGUCAAACUGUCAAGGAACUAUGAAAAGGCGAUUGAACAAAUUAAUGAAAAUUUGAUUUACUGGCCAAAAUUUGUGAAACACAAAUGUAAACAGAGAUUCACCAAAAUAACACAGUACUUGAUCAGAAUACGUAAACUGACACUGAAGAGACAAAACAAGCUUGUACCUUUGAGCAGGAAGGUUGAAAAGAGAGAAAGAAGGAAAGAGGAGAAAGCAUUGGUGGCAGCACAGAUCGAUACAAACAUAGAAAAGGAACUGCUGGAGAGACUGAAGCAAGGAACAUAUGGCGAUAUCUACAACUUUCCUACACAUGCUUUUGACAAAGUAAUGGAGAACGAAGCAGAAAGUGAGUCAGAAUCUGAAACAGAGAAAGAAAAGGAUGAAGAAGGGGAAGAGGAGUUGGAAGAAGAUGAGGAAGUAGAGGAAGAUGACGAUGAUGUUGGGGAUGUGGAGUUUGUGGCUGAAGAUGAGUUUGAAGAAAGUGAUCUGUCAGACAUGGAGGAUGGCGAGCGACUACAAGCUAGCAGUGAUAGCAGCAGUUCGUCAGAGGACGAGAGAGCUGCAGCAGCAAUGCGUAAAAAGAAACUGUUGAAACGGAAACGUGGUCGUGUGGAGAUAGAAUAUGAACAGGAAACAGACCGACCAUCAACAUCUAAAGUGAAAGCAAAAACUUAAAUUAUGUAAUAAAAUAUUGUUCAUGUUU